AUGGCCAAGGUGGCGUCCAAACGGGUCACUGUUCCCAAAGUUGUACCUAGAGUUACUAACGCCGGGUUAAAGACGGGCUCCAUCUAUUUCCCUGGAGGAAGAGCAAAAUACCAAGGGGAAGAAGUGAACAUGAAGCUGGUGGAGCCCUUCUUGUUCAACUACAGCAACGAAACCAACUGGAGAGAGAACAUCGACACGGUCAUGGAGUGGUUCACGGUGAAUGGCCUCGACUUCAUCGCCCUCUAUUUUGGAGAGCCCGACUCGACGGGACACAAGUACGGCCCCGAAUCCACGCAGAGGAAGAGCAUGGUGGAGCAGGUGGACAGGACCAUCGGCUACCUGCGGCAGCGCAUCCGGGAGAGCGGCCUGGAGCCAAACCUCAACCUGGUCAUCACGUCUGACCACGGCAUGGAGACCGUCAUAAAGACCAACGAGAUUCACAUCCGCACCGUGGAGAACUUCACGUUCACGGACAUCCAGUUCGAACUCUUAGACUACGGACCCAGCGGACUGCUGGUGCCAAAGGAAGGGAGGUUAGAGCACGUGUAUUCGGUCCUGAAGAACGCCCACCCGAACUUGCACGUGUACAAGAAAGCAGACUUCCCAAAGCGAUUCCACUACGCCAACCACCCCCGGAUCACCCCGCUCGUGCUCUACGGCGACCCGGGAUACGUCAUCCAUGGGAGGUUCAAGGUCCAGUACAACAAAGGGGAGCACGGGUUUGACAACGAAGCCAUGAACAUGAAAACCAUCUUCCGUGCCGUGGGGCCGGCUUUCAAGCAGGGGCUGGUGGUGGAGCCCUUCGAAAGCGUCAACGUCUACGCCCUGCUCUGCCAGUUGCUGGGCAUCACCCCCGAGCCCCACGACGGCUCCCUCGAGAUCAUGAAACCCAUGCUGCGUGAGUUCGAGGGCAUUGAGAGCACUGAACAGGCACCAGGAGACCUGG